AUGGAGAUCACCGGAGCCUCGGGGCCGCCGUCGUCGGUCGCCCCGAGGAGGAAGACGCGCUGUGCUGUGAAGAAGAUACCACUGUCGAAGGCGGGGUUGAGGGCGGCGCAGCAGUCGCUGAAGAGCUCGACCCGCAAGGGGACGAGAAAAGUCCGGGGAGCGUCGGCGCCCCCGGCCACUGCUGUAGUGGGGAGGGCAUCGCUCAGCGGUGCCAAGAGGAAGGCGGAAGGGUCAUCCACCGAGGGCGGCUCCAGUGAUGCCGCACUACUGACCUCACCGCGGGCGAGUCUGGCGAAGAGGCAGGCCCGCCGCGGGGAGGAGAAGAAAAAGGAGGAGGAGGAGGCCAGCAACAGGGUCUCCCCUCCUCUCCAGGACGUGGAGAUGCAGGAUCCACCCCGUGACGAAGGGGCGGUGCACGUGGUGGUCGAGGCGCGAGAGGUCCCGGCCAUUGAGGUGGCGAGGACCGAGGAGGUCCUGGCCAUCGAAGCGGAGAGGACCCGGGCCGAGCCCUCCGAGGGGGACAGGACCCCGCCGACGAAGGAGGAGGUCGAGGAGGAUGAAUCACUCGGCAACCACUUAGUCGAGUGUGCCAAGGUGACCCAUGAGUUGGUUGAGGAGCUGGCCGGGAGGAGCAACGCCGUCGGCCGGGUGGCGGAGCUCGAGGCCAAGGUGGCCGAGCUGGAGGCGCAGGGCCGCCGGCUGGAGGCCGAGAGGCCGGAGGCCUGCACCAAGGCCAACGUGGAGCUGCAGAAGCUCCGGGAGGUGGCUAAGGCCCGGGAGGCCGCCACCGAGGAGAAGCUUCGCCUAGAGCAGCAGGCUCGUCGAGAAGCGGAUGAUCAAGUGGCGCAAGGCCGGGCGACACUGGAUCGCCUGAGUAGGCCGCUGGAGGCUCUGCUUGGGGCGUUCGAGCCCAAGGGCGUGGCAACGGCUGAGAGCCUAUCUGAGAGGCUGGAGGCGUCCCGUGGCCGACUGGAGGCCUUCGUCAAGGGAGCUGCCAGGGAUGCCGUGCAUCAUACGCUGGGACUGGUGAAGUCCCAUCUCCCGGAGGCGGAUCUGGAUUCGGUGGGAGAUGGCAUUCCUGAAGACUGCUCCAACGCAGAUUGGGAGGCCAACCACGCCGCUGUCCUGGAGAUCGCCGAGCGUAUUGUGGCGGAGCUGUGA